UUACGUAUCUGCCCAGGCAAGAAUAGUAAUUACCAUUUUAGCUAAUUAAUUUAGCACAUUUAGCAAAUAAACACACAGGCGUACGCGCGCAGUUACACACGCGCGCGUGCACGAUGACUGACAGCUUGAGUGUGCGGUCUGUGUGUGUGUGUGUGUGUGUGUGUGUGCAGUAGCCUGCAUGGCUAGCUUAGUUCGCUGCGCUGGUUGAGGCGGGGUAGAGGGUAGUGCAGAAGUCUGUUGAGUUGCUGACUGUAAGUAUGAAUUCAGCUGCACAAAGCUCUCCUCACACCGAAGCCUGUUCCGCGGUGAGUGGUACAUGUGUUCGUCUUUAGACUACAAACCGAAUUUGGGCUUAUCGUCAGACUGCAGAACUUCCAAUAGGAUACAUUCAAGAGAGCUCUAAACUCUCCAACACUUUCUCCCCUUGUGCAUGUUUGAGGGAGAGGUGGACCCAAGGAAGAUGGGGUUUAAAGUGUUGUUGUGCCCUGCUGGAGCACAAAGCUAACUUUCAAAGCAUUUCGUAGUGUAGAUUUAAACUUGAUUGUUUUAGAGAGAGUAAACAAGAAGGGAAAAUGGAGAACCAGUCGGUGGUGGACCAGCAGAGCUACGAGGACGUGCGAAAGAGCGGCUACCUCCGCAAGCAGAAGUCCAUGCACCGGCGCUACUUCGUGCUAAGAGCGGCCUCGCCGAGUGGUCCAGCCCGGCUGGAGUACUAUGAGAGCGAGAAGAAGUUUCGAGGCAAGGCGCCUGUUCCGAAAAAGGCUGUAGUGCUGGAGACCUGCUUGAACAUCAACAAGCGGGCGGACGCCAAGAACAAACACAUGAUCGUGUUGUACACCCGGACAGAGAGUUUCGCCAUCGCUGCCGACAAUGAGGUGGACCAGGAGGAUUGGUACCAGGCCAUGGUGGAUAUGCAUUGCAAAAGUAAGAUCCCGCUGAGUGAGUGUGGCAGCGGAGACUACGGAGUGCCCACUCCGGGGCCGGCCUUCAAGGAGGUGUGGCAGGUGAAGGUGUGGCCCAAGGGUCUGGGCCAGGCCAAGAACCUGGUGGGCAUCUACCGCCUGUGCCUGACCGACAAGACGGUCAACUUCGUCAAGCUCAACUCGGACGCCGCCGGCAUCGUGCUGCAGCUCAUGAACGUGCGUCGCUGUGGCCACUCCGAGAACUUCUUCUUCGUGGAGGUGGGCCGCUCUGCGGUUACAGGCCCCGGUGAGUUCUGGAUGCAGGUGGAGGACUCGGUGGUGGCCCAGAACAUGCACGAGACCCUGCUGGAGGCCAUGAAGUCCCUAAGCGAGGAGUUCCGCCAGCGCAGCAAGUCCCAGUCGGGGCCCGCUGCGGGUGGGGGUGCCACCGCCUCCAACCCCAUCAGCGUGCCGUCCAGACGCCACCACCCCAACCCGCCGCCCAGCCAGGUGGGGCUCACGCGACGGCCACGCACCGAGCCCCCGACCUCGGGCGGAGCAACGGCAGCGGGGGCGGCAGGGUCGAACGCGGCGGGCGGUGGGAACGCCGGAAGCGGACGGGAGAGCGACGGGGGCUCCAACGCGUCGCCGACGCCAAGGUACCACAGCUUCCCGCGCACGCGCACGGCCAGCGACGGCGCCAAGAGCGACGACAUGGGUGGUGGUGGUCAUGGCGGAGGAGGAGGAGGAGGAGGAGGGGUCACCUCAGGUCCAGCCAGUCCCACUCCCAACGGCAGCUCCCGCUCCUCCACGCCCAUCCUCCGCUCCACGUCCGUCCGAGCGCCCCCUUCGUCCAAACACCCCCACGGCCUGAUGCGUUCCACCUCCACCCCCGCCGCCCCCUCCUGUCCCCCCAACCGCAUGUCCCCGGCCGGCCACCACGGCUCCGACUUCUGCCCGCUGUCGUCCACCCCUGGGGGGGCCGGGGUAGCCGGGGGCAGCAGCAGCAGCAUGAGCAGCAGCCUUGGCGGCGGCGGUUCGGGUUCCGGUUCCCAGGGGGGCGCCUACAGCCGCGUGCCCAGCCUGCAGGCCUCUCUCUCGGGCUCGCUCAGCGACUACGGCGGCUCCUCGGACGAGUACGGCUCCAGCCCCGGCGAGGGCUCGCUGCUGGCGCUCCACGGCCUCGCCAGCCUCGGGGGCCGCGACCAGGACGACGAGGACGCCAACUACAUCCUCAUGAGCCAACAACAGAGGAGGACCGGAAGUGGACAGGGAAACGUAAACCCCGGCACCACGCACCACUACCAGUACCCGGGCGGGAACGGCACGCAGCAGCAGCAGCCUCCGCAGGGGGCCCGGAGGAUCCUGCGGCGGUCAUCGAGCCGCGAGUGCGAGGCCGAUCGGCGCUUCCUCAGCAAGAGGGCCUCGCUGCCGCCCAUGGCCCUGGAGCGCCUGGCCCCGCCGCCGUCGUCAUCGUCCUCCUCCUCGUCCAGGAGAGGCGCGGACGGGGACGUGGACCAGGCUGAGGUGGAGGACGACUACGCCGUGAUGUCGUGCAGCGCCGGCCAAGACUCCUUUGUCCAGCAGAGGCGCGACGGCGUCGUCGCCUCCUCCUCUUCGUCCCAGCAGCCAUCUGGGAGCUUGGGUGGGCCGGCGGCCUACCUGGACAUGAGCGCCGAACUCCGGGGGGAGAACGGCGGCUCGUUGGGGUCAGCGGUCAACGCGGGAGGGGGCGGUGGUGGUGGUGGCGGGAGCGCCAGGGACAACGGCUACAUGUCCAUGCUGCCGGGGGUGACCGCGACCCCGCCGUCGUCCGUCUCCAACUCUCUGGUGGUGGCCGUGGCCGACCCGAACUCUGGCCGGCACGCGUCCGACGCCGACGUCGACGAUUACAUGGCCAUGACGCCCAACAGCAGCGUGUCGCCACCGCAGAGCAUCCGGCCUCCGCCGGCCGCGGCUAUCGCCGACGGCUACAUGAUGAUGUCUCCCAACGGUAGCUGCUCGCCGGACCAACGAGGGCUGAGCGGCGGCGCCUGGCUGGGCAGCGGCAGUGCCGACAGCCGCGCGGGCAGCGACUACAUGAACAUGUCGCCCAUCAGCGCCCGCUCAAUCAGCGGGAGCCCUCCACUUCCGCCGUUGUCCGAGCACCACGCCCGCUCCGACCCGCACGGCAACGCUCACGGUCACCAUCACCACGGCAACUGCGUCCAGCCACUACAGCUACAGCCGCAGCAUCCCCACCAGCAGCAGCAGCAGCCGCCCCCUGCGCCCAAAAUGGUCUACUCCUACUACUCCCUGCCGAGGUCCUACAAGCACAACGCCACGGCGCGUUUCGAAGACGGACCUGGACGCGGGAAAAGACUGGCCGCCGCCGCGGGAAGCAGAGGAGCCGGAGGUGGUGGGUUCAGGGGUCCAGGCACCAGCAGCGGAGUGGGCAGCGGGAGCAAAGUCCAGGACCCCCACUUGGGAGGUCCCCUCUCCGGCCGACACCUGUCCCUCUCCUCCUCCUCCUACUCGUCCAGCUCAGCAAGCAGCGAGAGCCUGGGGGAGGGCGAGGACAAGACCCCCCAUGGGGCAGCAGGAGCCGCAGCAGGGGUCAGGGCUGCGACGAGGGCCAAGAAUGGGGCUCUACAGCAGGACAAUCAGCAGCAGCAGGGUCAGUGGAGGGGAUCGGCCAGACUGAAGCAGCAGCAGCAGCAGCAGCCUGGGCUUGGGCAGCGCAACCGGCCGGUCAGCUUGUUCGUGGACGUGUCCAAAGCCAACACGCUGCCCCGCGUCCGCGAGAGCCCGCUGCCUCCGGAGCCCAAGAGCCCCGGCGAGUACGUCAGCAUCGAGUUUAAGGGAGAGCACUGCGCAAGAGCCGGGACGGCCGUAACCGCGACAACAACAACAACAACAACAACAACAGCAGCAGCAGGAGCGGCAGGUGGGAGAGGAUUCAGGCCUGGUUUCUGGAUUUCCCCAACGUCCUCAUCCUCAACAACAUCAGCGUCAGCAUCCUCGUCUAGUCGCCCCCUCCCCCGCCCCAUGUCCUGCCUAGCGGGCUUCCUACCCGUGUCCCCAGGGGGCCUACCGCCCCCCUCGGCCACCUCCGAGUACGUCAACAUGGACUUGGGUCCGUCACCGUCCCCCUCCCCCUCCCCGCUAUUGCUCACCCCUCUGGGCUUCCCUUCCUUCUCCACCCCCCCGACGCCUCCGCUGCCCUCCGCCACUGCCCCCAAGGCCCGAGACGAGCUUCGGUCCGUGUCGUCCUCCUCCUCGCGGUCGGACGAGGCGGGAAAAGAGAUGCGGCAGCAGGCGCCGGACUCGCCCACGUCCUGCGGCGACUACACGGAGAUGGCCUUCAGCCUGAGCACCAGCACGCCCACCACCUCCCCCAAGGGGCCCUUGCCGGACCGGCCCGAGUCCAUCCCCCCGGGGCCAGGCCUGGUGGCCCUGGGCCUGCCGCUGGACUUCCCCCUGGGCGCUAGCAAGCAGGGCCCCAACCCGGACCACGGCGCCAAGGUGAUCCGGGCUGACCCGCAGGGCCGUCGGCGCCACUGCUCCGAGACGUUCCUAUCGACUGCUGUUGCGGCGGCGGCGGUGCCCGUCUCGUCCUUGGGCUCGUCCUCCUCGUCUUCGUCCUCAUCCGUGUCCGGCGGAGGAGGAGGGGGAGGGCUCCCCGAGCACGCCCAGGCUGUGGCCAGGCGCCUGGGCUUCGACAGCAUCCUCUGGGGCAGCAGCAUCGCCGCCUCCCCGGACUCGCCCUCGCCCUCGCAGCAUGGCCCGCCCGUGCUGCCCAUCCCCCAGGGUUCGUCCGCCGAGCAGGGCCUCAACUACAUCGACCUGGACCUGGCCAACAAGGAGAGCCCUCACUCAGGACUGGAACAGGCUCAGACCAUUCCCGCGCGCCUCUUCUCCAGCGUGCUGGGCGGCGGAGCAGUGGGAGUGACCAGUGUGGGCCUCGGAGCAGGAGCGUCCAACCUCAACACCUACGCCAGCAUCGACUUCUACAAGUCCGAAGAGCUGCGGACCCACCAGAGUACUGGCAAGGACACCGAAUGUUGAAGCCUGCUCUACCUGCAUCUCUGGAACUCUGGGAUAUGGAGUCCUGAAAGACUCAGAAACUGGUGUCCAGCCUGCCUCUGUAGCUGAAGAAAUGGCAAGACUCAAAUGAAUAAAACUCAAAGACGUUUGUUUGCGUUUAGAACUGUUCUGGCGUCGAUGGCAACCAAUGAGAACAAGUGCCAAAAAUGAAAAAACACCUUCUAGACAAACAAAGACAAAACCAUUAAGACACCUUAAGGGUGCUCUUUGGCUCCUGAGACUGAUGGACACACUGCUCGAGCCAAUCGUGGGAGAGUAUGGACAUGACUGCCACGUUGAGGAGCCAAUGGUAUUGGCCGAGCCCAGUGAAAUCUGGACGGCACAAGAACUGAACUGGAUUCAGUUGAAAGCUGAGCAAGGGAAGCCCGAAGAUGGCCCUUGAAUAUAAUGUAGUGUCUGGAUGUAUUUGCAGAAGUGCCUAUUUGUUUGUCAACAGCCUCAUCUUUAGCUAUCCCUGCAGCAUAGCUUCAAAGUAGAACGUGAUAGUGGCUGAUGUGGUGGUCUGUUCUCUCGUGUGUGUGUGUGUGUGUGUGUGUGUGUGUGUGUGUGUGUGCGUGCGUGCGUGUGCGCGCGUGCGUGUCUGUAUGUAUGUUUGUAAAUGUUUAUUUUUUAAAUAGAAACAACACCUCAGAUGAAAAAUAUUGCAGUCCAUUCUGUAGUGUUUAUUGUAAAUAAUAUGUGAUGAUGAGUGAAUGAAAGUCAAUGCAACCAGCUAGCCUUACUGCACAUCUGAGCUGUAUUAGAUUAGAUGGACUAGUCUACGGUCCUCUCUCACACCCAGUACACAUGUGCUAUACACACAGGGAUGAGCAAAAAAUACAUUAAAAUGUAUUUUCAUAUAAGAUACAAAUAUUUACUUACAGCAACCACAAAAUGUAUCAAAAUCAACUAAAGUAUUUUGUAUGUAAAAAUACAAAAAUAUAUUUCCAUGGCAACAUGAUCUCCUAUUUGGUCAUGUUUGACAGCUUUUCACUGUUUAUCAAGAUACAUUACUAAUCUAUUUUGAGAUCCAUCAUAUCAAAAUAGGGAGUAUUCAAGCCAGCCAUGUUCUCAACAAGGCAAAGACAUGCAUAGAAUUUCAUGUCAUCCAAUCAGAGAGAAACAGAAGCUUUUCUAUGCACCCACGCUUUCAAACGAUCAAGUGUCUGCUUCCCUAGCAGACAGACCUUGAUCUUUCACCUGCCACGUGUCUUGCAAGCAUGAGCAAAGUGCUCAGUACGAAUCAUAUUUCCCAAAGAUGCAUGCAGUCGAAUAUGUCACUUUGUAUGUACAAAUACAUGUUGUAAUACAAAUGAUAAAAUACCGUUUUGUAUUUCAAGUACAUGUGUGCAUACAUGCAUCACAAAUACAAGCAUCCAUCUACGCACACACUCACAAAGACAAAGAGAAACUAGUGUGUCCGUUAUCUUUUAGAAUGACCUGGUACCAGGAGCGAGCUUUUGAGUUGUAGGUGUCCAUCACCCGUACAGUACUUGUUGGUUGUUGAGCUGUAAGAGCACUUAACCUGAAAUGGCUCAGUCUGUCCUUUUCUGCUCACGGUGUCUGUGCAUCAACGCUGCAGUUACACUAAAGUGCCUUCUGUUCAUUCUUUCUUUCUUUCUUUCUGUUUUUUUCUUUCUACCUUUUCUAUCGUUCUUUCUUUCUCUCUGUGUCUCUGCCGCUUCCUUUUUCCUCUGCUUGUGCUGUAAGGUGUGCUGAGGCGUGAGUGAGUACUUUUGCGUUCUAUUUUGGUCCUGUUUUAGUGGUACACCUCCCUCGGAGUCCUCUCCUCCUUGCACGCAACUGGGGUUGGGGGGCUGCCAGUCAGGGACAACUCUCAUCAGGAGGCCACACUGCCGACGCCAGCCUGUGCCAAAACGCAAUCAGGACGUGUGUGUGUGUGUGUGUGUGUGUGGGUGUGUGUGAAAGGUAUGAACUGAAACAAUUACUAAUGCCAUCUUAGCACUUAAAAAAAAAAAUCAACCCAGUUCUUCUGAGAACAACUGCAAAGAUGACAAUUUGAGGCUUGUUUUUGUUUUGUAAUUUCUGUUACAGAAUGACCUCAACAGCUUUUUUUUUUUCUUUUGGAAUAUUUGUUUAAUCUAAAGUUGUUGUGGUGGGAGGAAGGGGGUGUUGUUUUGGUUCUCGCCUCAGCCUGUAUUCAGCGUCUGAAUGACCGCAGUCAGCCUGUUUGACCCCAUCCUCUGUUAGUAUCUCGCUGUCCUCUAGGAUGGUCAGCAUUUCAGGUUGAGAGGCUUUGCUGCUAAUGAACAUAGAAGAGUUUAACGCUUUUGUGUUGUUACCUGUUGUGGGGGGGGGGGGGGGGGUACAAAAAUGUAUUGUAGGAGUUCCAUCUUUUUCUUCUCUGCCUCCACCAUCGCUUCCUGCCAUCUCAAACUCUGAAUGGCCUUACGUGAAAAAGAGAGAGAGAAAAAAAAAGCCUUCUCACAUGAUUGCCGGGACGCGACGCGUAACAAAACAACUUCAUUGCCUCCAGAUUUUUCUCGCUUGGUGUAGACAAUUACCCUCAGUGGUCUGUAAUGUGG